AUGCUUGAAAAGUUGAUCAAUCCAAGUGGUAGGGGUCUUGUGGAUCAAACUGUUGUACAAAGACAGAAAGGGCUUUCUUUUUUAUGUUAUUUUCUUGCAGGAAUUGGAAAUAAACAUAUCAGCUCAUUAAGAAAAGAUAUUGCAAUGUUUCUAGAUCAUUCAGGUACAUCUGAUCGAGCUAUUGAUUCCUUAUCUAAUAUGCAAUUAAGUUCUACAUCAAGAGAAAAUCGGCAAAAUCAUCAUAUGGCUUUGCUUUCUCAAUCAUUUAAUGAUCGAUUUAUAGAACAAUUUCUUCAUUCUGAAGAAGAUUUACUUAACAAUUUAACUAUUCAUUGCUAUAAUGCAGAUAUUCAUAAAAAAUGGAAAGAUCGAUAA